UAAAGUUAAGAAACGGGUGGCAGAAAUGUUGCACUGUCGAUUCAUUUUUUUGGCUGUUGCCACGUACUUUGCCCUCGCCAGUGGCAUUGUCUUUGAAUGUCCCUACUCUAUCCAAACGUACAAUAACGAGGAGUUGCUGCGAUGCCUUCAGGACGGAUGGGGUCGAUUCUGUGAGGCCAAUGUGGACACAACUGUACUCAAUUUCUAUCCUAGCGUUGCACUACGUGACAUUAAGAUUUACCUCUUCGGAAAGCAACAUGUGCACACCUAUCACUUUGCUGAUCUCUGUGAUCUCUGCGCUAACGAAGAUUUUGUGAAGAAUAAGAAGACUCUUGUCUUCGUUUCAGGAUUCCCACCAACUGAUGAAUAUUCCGCAAUUUCCGAAUUGUGGAGACUUCGUCAAACUCACCACGAUUGCAACAUCAUUGCUGUAGAUGUUGCUGCAAAUGUUGAACAAGAAUAUUCAAGCUUGCACGCAAACAAUGAACAUCUAGCAAGAUCUGUUGCUAAGCUUUGCCACUACUUGGUUUCCCAAACACACGUUCUGGUCCAGGAUAUCUACCUUGUUGGUUUCUCCGUUGGUGCUCAAAUUUCUGCUCAUGCUGCAGUUAUUCUUCGUGACGAAUGCGAAGUCUUCCUUCAUCAUGUUCUCUUCCUCGAUCCCGCUGAUACCUGCGAUGGCAACAACUACAUUAGCAAAGAUAUCGCCAAGAAGGUGGUUGCUCUUCAUACCAACAGUGGCCAUUAUGGUGUUGCCGAUAUUGAUGUUCACGUGCAACUUUUCCCUAAUGGAAAGAUUCGUUUGCAACCCUGCUGCAAGUCUAACGUGUGCUCUCACUUCCUUUCCGUCACCCUACUCGUAGAUGCUAUCUGUUAUCCAAAUAGCAUUCUGUUUGUCAAUUGCCCCGAUUGGGCCACUUUCAAGAAGGCCAAGUGUGACUACAAGGAUGUUAUUGCCCUGGAUCUGGACUUCCCAUCUACCGCUGAAGGUCUCUACUUCUGCGUAACCGCAGAACAUGAACCCUACGGUCUUGGCAACGUUGGUAUCAAGCCUGUUUAAAUUUCUUACUAAAAAUUUAUACAUUAUUCUGGGAAAUAAAAUUAUAGCAUUUUCA